ACAAAUUAGAGUCUUGUUAGUAUGUUUAAUAAUCCUUUGUUUUCUUCUAUUAUAUUAUAUUUUCUUACAAAUUAAAUAAAAGUGAUUAUCGAGAUAAUCAAAUUCUACCUUAUGUUAAUAUUUUGGUUAAUUUACCACGGAUAUUUACUCAAAAUAACAUGGAUUUCAGACAUUGUUUUAAGAAAUAUCAUGUUUUUUUUGACAAACAUGCUAUUUUACAUAAAAUCACACACGAAAAAGAUAUCCUCAUAUUUACGUUGCCAUCAAAUAAUGAUAAGAAAUUGGUUAUCUAGGAUAUAAAGAUGUAUAUAAAUUUAUAUGCGUAUGUAUAACAUCUCACCACAAUAUAUUCUUCUAUAUAUGUUCUGUUCUACGUUCUUGAAAAAAAAAAAAAACAGAGGAGCUAUAAAUAUUAAGUGGAAGUAUCUUAAUUACUUUGAUUUUUCUCAUCUAUGUUUCAAUUUUGAUCUCUUAUUCUGUAUGUUCUUACGCUAAAGGAAAACCUGAGUGUUGAAGCUGAUGAACGAGUCAAGGUCGGAAAACACGAUAAGAACAUGGAGCAUAUACAAAACCAAGGAUGCGUCCGGGCCAUCGAUGAAUGCGAUUUGGUUCGGGUUUGUGGCGACUGCAAUAUUAAUUUUAAUGUUCAUCAUAUUGGCAAUCCUGGAACAUCUCUUCAGGUCCGAUCAUUCUUCUUAUUACGAUGGAUCUGCUCAGUUUCAGAAACAUGCUCAAACAUCUUCUAUGAUUCCGGUUAGUACGUCAGAUGUGUCCGUGGUAAUGCCAGGAGAAAAGCUGACGUCGUACAUAGCUCUUCCGGCGCCAUUUCCUUGCCAGAGAGAAGGCAUUCGCUGGCCUCCCCACCUCUAAUAUAUUAUACUCUCUCUUAGCUUAGUCGUUGUAUCAUAAUUAUUCUGACUUGUUUCGUUUAAGCUACAUGAUGUGAACUAAUAAAUAUAUGUUUAUAUAAUUUUAGCAAAGAUUUAAGAACAAA